GUGCUGACCCCAGCACAGAUCAAAUCAAUUUGCCAGGCAAUUCUGGACUCUGGGAAGCAGUAUGCCAUGAAAAAGAGGAAACCAUUCCCUCUGAUGUAUUCUUACUAUGGAACUGAAUACUUGGGGGCAGCUCAUGGCCUAUCAUCCAUUCUUCAGAUGCUUCUUUCUUACCAUGAGCACCUCAAGCCCUCAGAUCGGGAGCUGGUGUGGCAGAGUGUGGACUUCCUCAUGGAACAGGAACAGAACUGCAACUGGCCACCUGAGCUCGGCGAGACCAUCGAGAGAGAGAAUGAGUUGGUCCACUGGUGCCAUGGUGCUCCAGGAAUUGCCUAUCUGUUUGCCAAAGCUUAUCUGGUUUCCAAGAAACCACAAUACCUGGACACAUGCAUUCGGUGUGGGGAACUCACAUGGCAGAAGGGCCUGCUGAAGAAGGGGCCAGGGAUUUGCCACGGCGUAGCUGGCAGUGCCUAUGUCUUCUUGCUGCUGUACCGGCUCACGGGAAACUCUAAAUACAUCUACCGAGCCCAAAGGUUUGCUCAAUUCUUAUUUACUGAGGAAUUCAAGGCUGGUUCUCGGGUCCUUGAAAGCAUAUACAGCUUGUACGAAGGCUUCUCCGGGACGGUGUGCUUUCUCAUUGAUCUGCUACAGCCCAAUCAGGCUGAAUUCCCUCUCUUCAGCGUCUUUGUUUAGAAGGAUCCAUCUUCCACUGUGGCCCUGCAGAA